AUGAUUCUCAUUUUAUUUUAUUUCUCACUGCCGAAAAGGAAAUAAACAAAGCUUCAGACUUGAAUCUCUGUCAAGCUUAAAGAUUGGAGCAAUUUGGAGUUGGGGUUUCUUUUUGUUUUGUUGAUUUAGGAUUUGGGCUUCUUCUCCUUUGUUCUCUUAUUGUUUUGGAGUAGGUUGUUUUGUGGUGGUAUUACAAAGAAAGGUGAACGUGGCUAUUUACUGGGAAAUAGGAACAUCAUGCGGUGGUGGUUAAGUGUUUCUGUUGAUGUGUUUCCAAAAGUUAUCUCCUUGAACUUGUAUUGCAGAGUGAUUCUGUAAUUUGCAAAUUCUAGAACAUUUUCAUUUUUUGGUAGUCUUAUCAUUCUAUAUCUUCCAUUGGAUCCACUUAUUUUAUUGUUGUCCGAUGUUAUGUCCGUCGGAUUAGUUGAAUAGCUUCAAUCCCAUCUCUGAAAUUUAUAAGAGCUUUGAUUUUGGUAGGCAGAUUAGUAGUAGUUCAAUCCAGAGUUUAGAUUUUGUUGGCAUAUUAGUUGUAGUUUUAUUUCCUUUCAUUCUAUUUAACAUAAUAGGGGUUUCGAAUACAUCAUUGUCGGGAAGAUCCUUGUUUUUGUGCCAUAUUGAAGGUUUGGGACGUAGUUAUGGUGUGCCAAGCUGCAAGCCAAACACGAUUCCGGGCAUUGAAGUAUGAAAACGGUAUUUUGGGGACUGCAGUCAUUGUGGUUAGAGUUAUAGCAUGCUUUCAACCUCUUCAGGAUUGCCAGGCUGAAUAUUUCCGUCAUUUGCUUAAGCCUGUUACGUAGAUUCCUUCCACAUUUUCCGCAUUCAAGUUAAGUUGGAGUUCUAGUUUUCCCCAUUGUGUUUGAGAGAGACUGCGAAUAAACUGCUAUUUCUACUGCUACAGCAUUCAACUUCUGGUGAUUGUUUUGGUUGGAUGGGAGAAGACUGUGGAUCUCAGUUUCCUCAGAGGCAAGUUGAUUGUCAAUCACACAACUUGAAUUCUUUGGCUGCUCCACAUCCUUUGGGGCAGCAAAGAACCAAUACUGAAUUCAUGAACUUCGACACUAAUAUGGUCUCCACCACUAGGACUUUUCCGGUUUAUGCUAAUACCGAAUUACCUCAGUUUCAGGUUGGCCAAGAUAACGAAAAUCGUGGCCGGUUUUACUGUUUACCCCACUUCCGUCAGGUCUUUGUGCCUGGUUCAAACUCUUCCUUGAAAGUACAACUCCCGGUAAACCCUUGUGAAAAUCAAACGGAAAACAUUACCCCCAAGGUAGGGUCUGAGUGUGCUCAGAAGAGAUUCCUUGUUUUUGAUCGAUCUGGUGGUCGAACAGUGGUUUUUAGUUCUGUGUUUGGAACUCCUAUUAAAAUCCCGACUUCUUUGGGUUCAAAGAUCCCUUCGUGUAACUUUAGCUGGAAUGAUCCUAUAGCUAAAGUAAAACCGAAUGUUCAGUCUGGACCAAUAUCAAUAGAUGCAUUUGAUGACAAUUGUACUGAUGUGAAAAGUGAAAUGCAUGAGGACACUGGCGAACUGAAUGCGUUGCUUUAUUCAGAUGAUUGUGAUGAUACUGAUGAUGAUGAAGAAGUUGCGAGCACAGAUCAUUCUCCUAGUACAAUGACGGCUCACUAUGAGCAACUUGUGGGAGGCACUGAAGAUUUCGUUAGAACUACCGGACUAACGAAAAAACGAAAACUGCUUGGUGACAAUAAUGAUUAUUUCCCAUUGCCUUUGGACCCUGCUGUUUCAGCUAAUCCUAUACAUUCAGAUUACCAGGAUGAUGCUGAUUCCAGCUGUGUCAAUGGUUGGAAACCUGCAUCUUAUGAUGUGUACACAUCCUCAGGGAGAAAGAAAAUGAGAAAGGAUAAAAUUUGUGACACUGUAAGUGUUUUACGAAGCAUAAUUCCAGAUGGAGAGGGAAAGGAUGCCAUUUUGGUUCUUGAAGAAGCUAUUGAUUACCUGAAGUCCUUGAAACUCAAAGCCAAAUCUUUGGGAUUUCGUGCUGCAUGAGUUGCUGUUAUUAUUUUACCCAUUAUUAAUGAUAUGCGUCGAAUAAAUGAAGUGUGAUGGUUGUCUUCCAAUAAAGGAGCUGAAAUUGUGGAGCAGAGUGGAGAAUGAGCUUGAAACCCUCCUCUUCGGUGUGUGUGUUUUCUUCAAUGAUUCGAGGCGGAAACCUGUAACUUCGGCCUGAAUUCUCUUUUGUUUUACAGUGGAAGUAGCAAUAGUUCUGGAGGGAUCAUCACAAAGGAGACCAGUGCUUGCCCUGUUCUCGUUAAUCAUUAUGGUAUUGCUGUUAUGAUUGCGACGUGCUGAGUUCCGUUUCUUUUGCUGUAGAAAAUUGAUAAAGCGAACAUGGUUCGUCCCAUUUUAUAAUGCAGCAAUGUGCUGGAAGUAUCUAGUGUCUCCGAUCAGCUCGUGCUUUAUGAAUCUGUGUUGCCUUUUUUAUUGUUUUUAUGGAUGGUGUGUUUUCUUUGUUGAACCGUGUGAUUGUAGUGCUUUGAAUGGUGUUGGCUGGAC